AUGUCCGUUGUAAGCUUAAAUAGAAUGUUUCGGGGGAAGCUUCGCACGAAUACCUGCCGAAUCGUGGUGCUGACUUCGCUCGUAUGGCUGUUGAUCGAUGUGAUACUGAUAGUAAAAUAUGCCGACUGUCCGAGUACGGGUGGCGGUACUAGCUGGCUUUGCAAACGAAACGAUGGAGCGUAUGAUGUAGAGGUACCACAUGCAGCACGACAGUCGCAGCAGCAGCGAAGGGCGGCUGCCCCAGAGGACGACGAUCCCAUCGUGGAUGUGGAGGAGAUUGACACCAACUCGAACAACUUUGGCGAUCCGGGUGGCUAUGGUGGUGGUGGCGGUGGUGGCAGUCGCGAUACCGACAGUUCAAUGCCUCGCACGUACCGGCCACAGGAUCUGAAGAAAUGGCGCCCGGCACCAACGGUCGUCGAAAAUUACGGUCGACCCGGAGAGAUGGGUAAACCGGUUAAAAUUCCGUCUAACCAGCAGGAGCUGAUGAAGGAAAAGUUCAAAGAGAAUCAAUUCAAUCUCCUCGCCAGUGACAUGAUCUGGCUGAAUCGAUCGCUCACCGAUGUGCGCCAUCACGACUGUAAAAAGAAACACUAUUCUGCGAAGCUGCCAACGACGUCCAUCGUGAUUGUGUUUCACAAUGAAGCCUGGAGCACGCUGCUCCGCACGAUAUGGAGUGUGAUAAAUCGGUCGCCCCGGCCAUUGCUGAAGGAAAUCAUCCUCGUCGAUGACGCCAGCGAGCGGGAACAUUUGGGCCGCCAGCUGGAAGAGUACGUUAGCACGCUGCCCGUACCAACGUUUGUCCUGCGGACCGGCAAACGAUCCGGUCUGAUCCGUGCCAGACUGCUCGGUGCCAAACAUGUUAAGGGACAAGUGAUCACAUUCCUAGAUGCACACUGCGAGUGUACGGAGGGUUGGCUCGAGCCACUGUUGGCGCGCAUCGUACUGGACCGUAAGACCGUCGUUUGUCCCAUCAUCGACGUGAUAUCGGACGAAACGUUCGAGUACGUGACGGCGUCCGACCAGACGUGGGGAGGAUUUAACUGGAAGCUAAACUUCCGAUGGUACCGGGUCCCGGCACGGGAAAUGCAGCGACGCAAUCACGACCGAACAGCACCACUGCGGACGCCAACGAUGGCUGGUGGACUGUUUUCGAUCGAUCGGGAUUAUUUCUACGAAAUCGGUUCCUACGACGAAGGCAUGGACAUUUGGGGUGGUGAAAAUCUGGAAAUGUCUUUCCGGGUGUGGAUGUGCGGUGGAACGCUAGAGAUUGCGCCCUGUUCCCGCGUCGGGCACGUCUUCCGGAAGUCGACGCCGUACUCGUUCCCGGGCGGUACCUCGCAGAUAGUUAACAAAAACAAUGCACGCCUGGCCGAAGUGUGGCUCGAUGGUUGGAGCGAAUUUUACUACAACAUUAACCCAGGCGCUCGGAAAGCGUCCGCUGGAGAUGUCAGCGAAAGGCGAGCCCUUCGAGAGCGGCUAAAGUGUAAGAGCUUCCGAUGGUACCUGGAAAAUAUUUAUCCAGAAAGUCAGAUGCCUCUGGAUUACUAUUUCCUUGGAGAGAUUCGCAAUGAAGAGACACACAACUGUCUCGACACGAUGGGCCGUAAGUCAAAUGAAAAAAUCGGCAGCAGCUACUGUCACGGUUUGGGCGGCAAUCAGGUGUUUGCGUACACCAAACGGCACCAGAUCAUGUCGGACGACAAUUGUCUCGAUGCAUCAAACGCCCUCGGCCCGGUUAAUCUGGUCCGGUGUCACGGAAUGGGCGGUAAUCAGGAAUGGGUAUACGAUGAAGAGGAAAAGACUAUCAAGCACGUUAACAGCGGCAACUGUUUAACACGUCCCUCGCGCGAAGACCCAUCCACACCGUUGCUCCGACCGUGCAACUAUUCGCCCGGUCAGCAGUGGCUAAUGCAGUCUAAGUUCAAGUGGCAAGCACACAACGACAAUCGCAUCGGUGAGGACAGAUAAAA